GUGAUUCGAUCAGGGAGCAAGCGCCUCGAUGUUGGUCCUGUCCCUCUUCUCCGCGGCUCAGGCCCCCUCCUCCUCCAUGGGUCUCGAGCCGGGCAGCCACGGCUCGUACGGCAAGUCUCUCGGCAUGAACCUCAUGUCCAACCCGGGCAACGGCGGCGCCGCCUCGGCCUUCAACCAGGACGAGGGCGACCCGGCACCUUACUUCGACACCUCCGCCUACAUCACGUCAUCGGAGCCCCGCAUGGGGACGCAGGAGGACUGGCUCAAGGCGGCGGCGCUCACGGGCCUGAACAACGCAAACCUGGCCAAGAAGCACUACGACAAGUUUUCCGCCGGCGAAGGGGACGCGGAGGAGGUGUCGACCGAGUUCGUCAACGAGGGGCUCGACACGGGCUUCCGCACGGGCGGCACCCUCACCGGCGACGUGGCCAAGAACUUUCAGCAAAUCACGGGCACCAUCCAGCAGAGCGCCCAGGCGGUGGAGGGCACGGCUGGUGGCGGCGGCGGCGGCGAGAUGCCGGACGGCGAGAUGCCGAUGGAGAAGCAGGCUGCGGCGCCGGCACCCACCUGGCAGGACUUCAUGAACACGGGCAUCCAGACCGGCAUGGGCUUCGCCAUGGCCGGUUCUCAGACCGCGUCCGACUACGGCAGUGGCAAGGGCGACAACAAAGCGACCCGCGGCGGCCGGCGCCAAGCGCCCCUCCACCGUCCCGCCCGCGGCCGUGAUGGGCCUCGCCGCCCUCGGCCUCGCCGCAGCGGCUCUCGCGAUUGGCCGCCGCAACAAGGCGAACUAGCGCACCGCCGCCGAGGUGUCGACGGCGGCGGCGCCCAGCCCGAUGCCGAUGGUCUAAGGAAACCAAGUCUUGGCGAGAUGCGUGGCGUGCGGCGGUUUCGACGUCCCGGGUACCCCUCCCCCCAAACUCGCCUACCUGCUACGCCCCUGCGCUCGUGCGCUGGCGAUCACGGCGCUCGCGUCGGCCUUUGAGCUGGGGUAUCGCUGGUGCUUGCGCGCGGAGGGUAUUACUGAGAGAGAGAGAAAGAUGAAAGUGGAUCGUCGUGUGUCGUGUACGCCCCCCC